UUUACACACUAAUUGGUUUUUGAUUGCUUCAUCAAAAUAUUGGAAGGUAAACGAAAUCCUAUGAAGUUGUCAUUUCCAUUCACAUUGUUUUAAAGAUGAUGUCUGGAGACCAACCUGAUGUUUUGGUGUAUAAAAAUAUGUUGAGAUCAGUUCUGAAAAGACAAAUACAACUGUUGGUGGAGCAGUUGAGUUCUGAGGGAGGGGAGGAGACUCUGGUGUUGACAGUGAGUGUGGGUGAUGGAGAGUUGUCUUGUCUGGGCUCCCAGCGUGGCACACUAUUUGCCAGGGAGGAGGGCACUGUGGCAUCCAAGUUCCAAAACUACUGUGUUAAUGGACCACCUGAAUUUAGGAACAAAAAAGACACAGAAAAACAAGCGGCUGCCUUCGGCAGAAUAGGUAGGCAGUCGUCUGACACUGCCACAUUGAUAUCAGCCAGUAAUAGCAGCCAGGAAAGCUUGGAAAAUUGCACGGAUAUGUUGGAUCACAGCCCGAGAAGUAAAAGAAUAAAAAGAGAAUGUCCGAGUGAAACUGAUGGGUUAUUAAAAGAACAGAGCUUGGAUUUUUCUAUGGACAAGCUUACCUCAGAGUACUUAAGGAAACUGACAGCAACAAUUGGUUUUCCAAAGGAUGCAGAAAGUGCAACUGAUACCGAAAGCAAUGGUCAGGAUUCAGUUUUAAACACCAGAAAUCAAAUAGACAAAAGCUUGGCUCAAGAUGGCUCACAAAGUGACUCCUUGAAUCAAACAGGGCUUUCUAAUUUGGCAGUUAAUAAUAUAAAGAAUCCAAUGUUCAGCACUGGUCACGGGAAUCAGUUGGCAACUGCCUCCCCCAGUAAUAUGCAUUCAAACUUAUUGAAUACAGACAUAGGAACCUCCUCAAAUUCUGGUCUUCAUAGUAUCCCAUUCUUGCAGCAACCUGGUCAGGGUUUACCCUGGGAGACACAUGCUCGCUUAUAUCCCUGUAACUUCUGUGGGAAGAAAUUCAAAGAAAAGCAAAAUUUGAAAGUCCAUGUCCGCAUCCACACAGGCGAACGUCCUUACCGCUGUAAUAUAUGUGGAAAGGACUUUGCACAUAGUUCCAACCUGAAAACACACGAGACUGGAGUCCACAAUCUGCCACCCCGACCUCCACAAUACCGUGUUCAGUUCUUGAAUGAAAGCAGUCAAUCCUUCUCAUCAGUUGCUGGGAGUCCGGCUAGUCAGUUUUUGCCAGAUAUGAAACUACCUGGACAUUACUUACAGCAGUACCAGGAAAGGUUCCAAGCAUUGAGCUCUCAACUGACUGGAGCAAAUGGUACGAACAGAACUGUUAAUCAGGGUGAUUCUGGGGAAGCAGCAGUUGGAAUGCAAAGUGCGGGUAAUUUUGGUAAUUUUGAAGGUCUUGGUAAUGGGACAAUGGGUAAUGCAACACCUGUUGAGGCAAUGCAGGCCGGCAGUGCCGAUACUGGUUCUGAUACUGGAGUGAAGACAGAGGGUGGAGGAAAUGGAGCUGGACUCACAUUUGUACAUCCCCGUCCGUUGACAGAUCCUGAUGAAGUUAUAGUGAAAGUUGAACCUACAUAUUAACAAUUAUAAUGCAAACUAUAGUUUUUGUUUACAUUCAGGCCAUGAUCUUUUUAAUAUUAAAUGUUUUUGUUUUCAUUUAUUUAAUAUGAUAUACAUUUUUUUUAUAUUCUUAACCUGUGAAAAAAGAGUUGUGAAAUUACAUAUAUACUUAUAAGUAAUAAUGAACAAAAAAUAUAAUAUGAUACAAUGCAAGUAUUGUCAAAGUAUUGUGUAGCAGUGUAGCAAGCUUACGGCAAAAACUAUAACUUUCCCUAUAACAUUAAAACCAUUUAUUAUGUUCACAUGAAACUUGAAGUGACAUAGGGUCUUAAUGGCCGUCUUGUUUUUAUCUAUCCUGUGGUGCUUUUGCCAUUUUAAUGUGUUUGUAAUUAAUCACGUUAUGAAUAGAUUCAUAAUGUAUAUGUUUAAAUGAUUAUACAUCUGGAAAAAGAUACUGUUAAAAUGUUAUCUAGAAAAAUCUCAUUUGCUUUAAAUCAUGAAAAACAUUAUCAGUGACUAUUUGUUGAAAGGCCCAGAACUGGAUUUAACAUAUUUUGAGAUCUGUCCUUUGAUAAGCUAAGAAAAAUGGAUGAGGGACAACUACUUGCCAGGCUCUACGAUUAUAUUAUUGUUGUUAAUUGAAUUAUGUUAUACAUUUUGUUUAAUAAAUUGUUUCUCAAACGUGUAAUAGUAAAUCCAUCUUUCUGGUUUAUCAAGAUCGAUUAAAUCAAAAUUUUAUAUUUAUUAAUCAAAGUUAAUAGGUGUUUGAUGUAGUAUAUUGUUUAUAUAUAUGUAUGUGACUGUGUUCAGAAUGAUAUUUGUGUUGUGUUAAAAGAUUCCCAACAAAGAACCUCUGUUCAAAUGCUUCCCCUAUCCAUUAGCUGUUUUAUUAGCUCACCUGAGCACAAUAGUGCUCAAGGUGAGCUAUUGUGGUCUGUCUAUGUCUAGCGUCUGUCGUCCAUCGUCCUUCGUCCCUCGUCUGUCGUCCGGAGUCACAAUUGCUUAUAAAUGUCAUAAAUCUUUAUGAAACUUUACAGGAAUGAUCCUUGCUUGGUGCUCUUUCAAAAUUGUUCAAAAAACAAAUUUCAUGCAGAACUCUGGUUGCCAUGGCAACAUUAAGGAAAAACUACAUAACUUUUCUUGACAAAAACCAUGAGGCCCAGAGCUUAGAUAUUUGGUAUAUAACAUUGUUUAGUAGUUGUCUACCAAGUUUGUUCAAAUUAUGUCCCUGGGGUCAAAAUAAGUUCACUAUAAAUACAUUUUGUUAAAAUCUUGAUAGUUAUGUAAAGUUUACUCUAGAAGCAAGGGCAGCAAAUCUUGCUAUACGAUCUCCCGUUCUGUUGAAGAGCGCAUAGUAUAUUAUUAGUUUUUCUAUUUUUAGUAACAAGGGAUUACAUGUUAUAUUUAUUAAUUCUUCAAAAUAGUCAUUUCUACGGUAAUAAUUGUUCUUUUUAUAGGUUUAUAAGUUAGGAAAUAUUAUAUCUCUUUAUUUUCUAGAAGAAUUUCAUUUUUACCCAAUGAUGCAUUUAAUAAUCAGACUUUUCCAUUGAACUACAUGUAGACAAUUGUAAUUUACAAUCUUAUCUUUUAUGUGGGUAGUGAAUACACCUUAUAAAAAGACUUUAACUCUCAAGUAUAGAUGGGAAGUCAUGUUGUGUUGGAUGGAAAUUGUGACAUUGUCACUGAUGGUUAUUCACAGAAUAGUUUUAUCAAAUCCUCCUAGUUUAUAGCAGUCAUAUAUUUUAUUGGAUGGUGCGCUGUCCAUCGUUCCUGUGUCUUACACUAUUGCUUGUGAAAAUCAAAUUGUGCCUCUGGGGUCAAAACUUGCUAUGCCAUGAGGUUUCCCGUGGACCUAUCGAAAAUCUUGUCGUCUGACACCGCUAGGCCCAGACCUUAAAUAAUUUGUUACGAGCAUCAAAUAGUGGUCCUCUAUCAAGAUUGUGCAAAUAACGCCCCUUCGGUCAAAUUCGGUCACACCCUUUUUGACCUACUGUCUUAUUUUUGAAACUACAACGAAGAAAUUAUGACCAUGUUCACAAUUCUGUAAACAAAUAAAAAUGUUGUGGUUGGAUGACCUUGUGACAUGUUAGCCUACUUUCUUAUUUUUGAAGCUACAGCAAUGAAAUUUUGACCAUGUGUACAGUUUUGAAAACAAAUAUCAAUGCUGUGCUUGAAUUACCUUUUUUGUACCUUUUCGACCUUUCUUAUUUUUGAAGCUACAGUUUUGAAAUUUUUAUCAUAUGUACAGCUUUGAGAACAAAUAUCAAGCUAUAUUGUUUACAAAGGUUAAACACUUUUACUCAUGUGAGCGAUUUAGGGCCAUCAUGGCUCUCUUGUAAUUAAUUUAUGAUCGUUUUUGAUCACAGUGUUGUUAGUCAGAAACAAUGAGAAUAUGGUAGCAUGGUAGUAGCAGCAUUUUCUCCUACAGAUAACAACUUAAAGGUCAACUGAAGUGGUAACCAAUAUGUUUAUAACUAGUUUGAGGUCAUUAGGCUCUUUUUAUUGAUCUGACAAGGUUUGUGUUCAAGCUCUCAGUGACAUUGAUCUGCUACCUCGAAAUCACUAGGGGUCAUCUUCACGUCAUGAUCAACCUCCCUUCCAAGUUUGAGGAUCAUAGGUCGAAGCAUAUUCUAGAUAUCAAUCGGACAAUUAAGGGUCUUGUGUUCAAGGUCAACGCGACCAUGACCUUUGACCUACUAACCAGUGCAGUGAGAUUUCCCAUAUUUUUAUUAUAUAGUCUGUAUAUUCUUUUCUUGGAUCUAUUGUACAGUUUUAAGUGUUUGUUAUGAAUAUCACUCCGGUUUGAAUCUCUAUAGUUUACACUAUGUUACCAAGACUGACCGGUCAAUAAUUGGCUGUAUGUUACUAUUUGUUAUGACUUUCAGCAUUAUAAGCGUGUAUUAGGUGUAAUGAUACUGAUGGUAAUAUUUAUAUAUUGACUUUUGUGUUCAGAUAUUUGAAAAUACCAACUUAACUGCUUAACAUUUUUAGUAAUUGCUUAUAACAAUUUUUUAUGAAAAGAAUUACAUAUUGUUAUGAAACUAAUAACAUCUCCUUAAAUAACACCAUUAACUGUAAAUUUGAAAUUCUAUUUCCCUACAAUUCCGAUGAUGUACAUGGAUUUUUACUUUGUAUUACUAGUCCCCAAACUUAUGCAUAAAGUAACAUGUUUUGAUCAGGUAAUUAUAUGUCUUCAGUACGUGCUUUUAACAUGCAACAUACAUGUAAGUGGUUUAUAGAAUUGAAAGAAAUAAUCAUUCGUUUUGCAAUUAAAAAAUGGAUCCUAA